CAACCCAAUCGUCCAAAACACGUCGCAAGUCGAAGCACAAAACGCAAGCAACGAAUCUCAAUCCACAGGCUCACACUGAUACGCAACGCACGUAGCUACUGUACUGUAGGAGCAAAAGAAAAGAAAAGAUGCAGACGGCGAAGGUGAAGGUGCAGGACAUGGUGAGCGGUGCCAAGGAGAAGGUGAAGGAGGGGACGGCCAAGGCGCACGGCAAGGCCGGCCAGGCGACGGCGGCCACGCACGGCGAGAAGGAGAUGGCCAAGCAGGAGGAGAAGGCCGGCAAGGCACAGGCCAAGGCCGACGAGCACCAGGAGAGGGCGGAGCACCGCGCCAACGCCACCACGGGCCGCCACGGCACGCGCGUGCCGCUUACGGCCGGCGGCAACCGCCACCACCACGCUCCGGUCGGCGGCCCCGCCGUCGACCCUGCAUACCCGGCCGCCGGCACCGGCACCGGCACCGGCACGUACGCGGCGUCCGACAAAUCGUACAUCUAGAUUUGGGGUAGAUGGACAUGGGCGGGCUUGAUCGAUCUGGAUCGCUAGUGUGUUUUUUUUCAGUGUAGCGAGUGAUCUGGUCCCAGCCCGGCCGCUGAUCGUGUUAGCUUGUGUUCGUACGCACGCGUGUAUGCUGUGUGCACAUGCGUGUGCUGGAAUAAAAAGUGUCAGAUGUAAAAUUAACAUGCUUGAUGUAGUUCUGUUCAAUGAAAGGGCUUUCGUUUUCAUGUGUUUUUGAA